UCUUGUUUAUAAAUGUAUAAUAGGUUGUUUAAAGUUCUUGAAGGACGUAGAGCAAAGGUAAAGAGAAAGCGUGGCAGCUGAAGGAAGUGGCUGAAAAUAUUCCAAAGUGGCUAGCUAGGUGCUCAAGAGUGCGAGAGAGGAGAUCACAAUACGGAUGAAAAGAGUAGAGACCUCGUGAAUCGAUGCUAGUUAAAGCCGUAUGUCAUGAAGUUCCUAGACAGAGUAAUAUGCUGACCAGGUUGAAGUAGUUUUAAGUGUUUUGAAAAUUCGAGGUUGUGAAAAUUCGAGAGGUGAGGAUCAUAGACCUGCAGCUAUAUAUAUACGGAGAGUUAUUUUCUCAUGCAAUUAAUUAUCUCUUUUAGUGCUCAGAAAAAUAAUCCGUCAAGGAGACAGAUAAUCUAAAGUUUUUUAAAUAUCAUCUAUUUAGAACAGUACUGUCCCUUGUAAUCUUUGCCAGGUUCCGUUCUGUGUGUUUGAUGUACCACAAGUCUGGCCUAGGAUAUUUGAAUGUUUAUGUAGUUAGUCUGCAGCUACGACUGUGCCUGUUUUUCAUUGUAUCAUUCUUCUUAAACGAGCAAGAUUGUUGGUUGUUUUAUCUUUUACGCUUCUCUGUUUUUUUUUUUUUUUUUUUUGGCUCGACUCCAUACGGCCUGUAUUUUUUUCUAAUUAUUCGACACUGCCAGCAGCACAAGUUAUUAAUUUUUAAGAAAGCACACGAAUUGAAGGAAAACCAUGGCCUUCAAUGGAAAGCUUUUGCAACCUCUGCUAGUACUUGGGGAACUGAUCGUGUUGAUGAUUUUAGUAGCGUCAGUAGCAUCUACACCCAAUUCAGGAUGUGACCGUAGAUGUGGAAGUGUUAAAAUCCCCUACCCAUUUGGAACAAGCGAGGGUUGUUACCUUGACUCAACAUUUCUCAUCACUUGUAACAACACAAUAAUACAUGGGCCAAAACCAUCUCUGGGCCCUGAUAUGUUUGUCGAGGACAUAUCAGUAUUGGAUGGGGAACUGCGAGUCUCAAACCCCGUAGCCAGUCUUUGUAAAGUCCUCAAGCAAAGCGGCGAAGGAAAACCGACAGUGCCAAGUAGAACCAAACAGGCUAUACCAUGCUCUCAAACAAAGGGAACUUACUCAAGAUGCAUCGAUGGCGGGGAGCCUAUUAGCAUAAGUGUCAACUACAGUGGCAACUCUGCCUUGUUCAAGCUGUCAAAUUUUCGCAUCUCAAAUAAGAGGAACAAGAUCACUGCCGUGGGUUGUGGCGUUUAUUCGUUUAUUCAAGGCUCUGUGGAACAAAAGGGCUUCACUACUGGAUGCUUAUCACUCUGUAACUCCAAUGUCAGCGAUGUGGUUAACGGGUCAUGCUCUGGUAUUGGCUGUUGUCAGACUUCUAUUCCAAAAGGAGCGACCGAAUUUGAUCUAAGUGUUCGGAGCUUGAGCGAGUACAACACGACAACUCUUGACAUCGGUGAAUGUGCUUUCGGCUUUAUAGUGGACGAAAAAGCAUACAACUUUUCAUCUUUGGAUUUCUCAGAUUUACUGGAUAGAAAGACUGUACCCCUGGUGCUUGAUUGGGCAGUUGGGAAUGAGACAUGUAAAGAUGCUGAGAAAAAUAUGGAUAGCUACGCAUGUAAGGCAAACAAUAGUUAUUGUUACGAUUCCAGCAACGGCCCUGGGUAUCGUUGCAAUUGCUCCGAUGGUUAUCAAGGGAACCCAUACCUCCCUGUUGGACCCGACAGUUGCCAAGAUAUCAACGAGUGCAUUUCGCUUGAGAAACCUUGCGCUGGUAAUGCAACAUGCAACAACACUGAUGGAAAUUACACAUGUACUUGUCAACAUGGGUACGAAGGAGAUGGGAGGAUGCCACCCGGAAUAGGUUGCAGACCUAGAGAAAGCCAAUCUAGAAUUAUUGCCAUUGCACUCGGUAUUAGCAGUGGCCUCCUAGUGCUCCUUUUGGGAAGUUCUUUGGUAUAUUGGGUACUGCAGAAAAGAAAGCUCAUUAAACUCAAAGAGAAGUGGUUCCAACAAAAUGGUGGCAUGAUGUUACAGCAAAGGCUUCCAAAUCAAACAGGAUCCACGGAGACAGCAAAAGUCUUCAGCACUGAAGAACUUGAGAAGGCAACCGACAAUUACAACAAGAGCAGAGUCCUCGGCCAAGGAGGCUAUGGUGUGGUUUAUAAAGGAAUAUUGUCGGAUAAUAGAGUGGUUGCGAUUAAAAAGUCAAAAAUUGGAGAUCAAAGUCAGAUUGAACAAUUCAUAAAUGAGGUAAUUGUGCUUACUCAAAUCAACCAUAGAAAUGUUGUUAAACUAUUAGGUUGUUGUUUGGAAACAGAAGUGCCCAUGCUAGUCUAUGAAUUCAUCACAAAUGGAACACUUUCUGAUCAUCUUCAUGAUAAAAGCCGAUCUUCCUUACUCUCAUGGGACAAUCGUCUUAAAAUAGCAACAGAAAGUGCAGGGGCCCUUGCAUACUUACAUUUUGAAGCUUCUAUGCCAAUUAUACACCGAGAUGUAAAAACUGCAAAUAUACUUUUGGAUGAAAACCACACAGCAAAAGUAUCAGAUUUUGGAGCUUCAAGACUCGUUCCUCUUGAUCAAACACAAUUAACUACUUUGGUGCAAGGAACAUUAGGAUACUUGGAUCCUGAAUACUUUCAUACUAGUCAUCUAACAGAAAAAAGUGAUGUCUAUAGUUUUGGUGUUGUAUUAGCAGAGUUACUGACUGGUAAGAAAGUGAUUUCUUUGGAUAGGCCUGAAAGUGAGAGAAAUUUGGCAACAUACUUUGUUUCUAUGGUAAAAGAUGAUCGCUUAGUAGAAGUUCUUGAUGACAACAUUCACAAUGGAAGUUAUAUCGAAGAACUAAAGAAAGUUGCUAAUGUUGCAAAAAGAUGCCUAAGUGUCAAAGGAGAUGAUAGGCCUAGUAUGAAGGAGGUGGCGGUGGAGCUGGAUGGACUGAGAGUUCAGGAAAAGAAGGCAAGAAAAGAAGCUAAUCUCAACACAGAAGAGAGUGAGUAUUUUCUUCAUCCAUCCACACACUCUUUAAGCAUUGAUGUUGGCGUUGGCUAUUCUUCCACAAGUACCAUUGAUAGCAUGGGAAAUCAAGCACUAAAACCAACGGAUGAUGGCAGAUAAUCCAUUAGUCCUUGAGCCACAAUCAGCCAGCAUCUUCCUCCAAGUCAACGGAUGAUGGUAGAUUUCGGACUCUUUGCAUGCAGUGUUCAUGUUUUCUCAAUAUAGAUCUUUUUGUAUGUUAAAAGUUUUCUGUCAUGGUUUGCUAAUUUGUAUUAUUGGGAGCUUUUGUACGUACGAGUGAGCAAGUCUAGUAUAUUGCUCAAUUAGGUGUGCGCUUUGAGCUGGGUACUCCUUUCAUCAUGUGUGUUCUAAGUUUUUAUUUGUGAAGUAUGGGUAGAUUAAUUAAUGUAACUUAAAUAUUAGUG